CCGCAUCGGCUGUGUCCGACCCCGUAUUAGCAAAGUCUGGAGUAGUAGAUAAGCAGUUGUUCCCCAGCUCUCAAUUUCCUUUCUUCUCUUCAAUAACAUAUAACAUACCAAUUCAAUCGCUACAACUACAAUCAAAAUGCUCCCCUCUCCCGCUGCCGUCCACGCCGCCCACUCUCUAAUCCACCCCUACAUCCACCAUACCCCCCUUCUAACCUCCCGCACCCUCAACACCAUCGCCUCAACCCCUCAAUCCCCCGCGGCACUAGUUGGAACACCCUUUGAAGGCCAGGACCCAUCCCACCCACGUUUGCGCUUUUUCUUCAAAUGCGAGAAUUACCAACGCAUCGGCGCGUUCAAGGCGCGCGGGGCAUUCCAUGCAUUACUGCGGCUUGUUGAGGAGAGAGGAGAGGAGGAGGUUAAGAGGAGGGGUGUUAUCACACACAGCUCUGGAAACCACGCCCAAGCCCUCGCCCUCGCAGCCUCAACGCUGAAUAUCCCCGCUUACAUCGUGAUGCCUCGCAUAAGCACUUCGUCCAAAAUCUCAGGAACACAAUCGCACGGCGCGGAGGUCAUCUUCAGUGGAUCAACCAGCGUCGAGCGCGAAGCUGUCGUGGCCGAUAUUCAAGGCAGAACAAACGCGAUUCUCGUGCCGCCGUAUGACGAUUACGAUAUCAUCUGUGGGCAGGGAACGACGGGGUUGGAGCUUGAGGAGCAGUACUGGGAUACUGUGCGGAAGGAGCCGGGUCUUAGUGUCCAUGGGGAUACAGGUGCAGGUCUCGAUGCCGUGAUCACGCCUAUUGGUGGCGGUGGAUUGAACGCCGGCGUAGCAACGUUUUUCUCGGACAAGUCGACGCGAGUCUUCGGCGCUGAGCCGAACUUCGAAGGCGCGGACGAUUGUCGUCGUGGGUUAGAAGCCGGGGAACGCGUUCCGGCUGUCAGUACGCUGACAAUAGCUGAUGGUUUGCGGACGCCGGUUGGUUUGUUGAAUUGGGCUGUUAUCUCAGACCCGAAUAAGGUAGCUGGUGUCUACGCUGUGACGGAGGAGCAGAUCAAAGCUGCGAUGAGGCUUGUGCUGGAACGUAUGAAGGUUGUUGUUGAGCCAAGUGCGGUUGUGGGACUUGCUGUGUGUUUGUAUAACGAGGACUUUCGACGACGGGUUGUGACGGAAGCUGGAGAGGAGGGCUGGGAUGUUGGAGUCGUAUUCAGUGGUGGGAAUACAACCGUCGAGGCCAUUGGAAAGUUGUACAGUUAGAUACUCAUCAGAUAUGCACACCCUCUCUAUCCGCAUCAAACACAAAUCCUCUACCCCGUCUCUCCAACUCCUCGACCACUCUCCUCGACCACUCCUCCCUCCCCAAUC